AUGGACUCCUACUCAUCCUACCGCGAUGGCUCGGGCCGCUCGCCGAACGAAAGAACGUGGGGUCGUGAUGAAUCUCGGACUAGGGAAGAUAGAAAUGAUGGCUUCUAUCGCGCGAGGUCUCCUGGCAAUGAGCGCCGAGACCGAAGACGUUCGCGGUCCCCUCCUCCCGUUGAUCGGUACGAGCCGCGACCUCGUCGAGAUGGCCGAGACGGCCGAGACGACAGAGACAGAGAUCGAGACAGAGAUGAUCGGCGUCGUAUCACCUCACCGCCGGCAAAUAUCGACCGCUACGUGCCUGGACAGGACAGUGGAUCAUCCGGCAUUGCCGUCAAUCCUCUGCAAGAUCCAGCCAAGCUUCCUUACCAAGUUGGUUUCUCCUAUUUCGGCGAAUGGUGGAGAAUGAACGAAAAGAUCAAGGAGGAGAAGGAGCGCGCGCGGACUGGGCGGAGACGAGAGCCUGAAAGACCUAGAGGCGCUCGAGAGACUCAAGAGGAGCGAGAGAAGGAGAAAGCCAAGAUCCAAGUGGCAUACGAUGCAUACAAGGAAGAGCUUCAAGCCAAGAUGGCCAGAGCCUUUGUUGCGGAGCAUAAGAAGGAGCAGUGGUUCAGGGAACGCUAUGUCCCUGAGAUCAGAGACGAGUUCAAGGCAAAGCUCCAAGAUUUCCGACGAGCGGCUUACAGUCAGUGGGAGCAGGAUUUGGAGUCCGGCACCUUUGACGAGUUUUCUCUCGAGGGAAUUCCAAAGAGCGAGAGCAACGGCGCUGGUGGUGUGAUUGAAAAAGAAGAGGGCGAGGCGACGGCCGCUAACGAAAUCUUGGGAGUCGGCGAUCUGGUCCCCGUAAACGGCGCUGACAUUCGCGACGAGAACCAGUUCCAGCCCACUCUGCUCAUCAAGACCAUUGCCCCUCAUGUCAGCCGCCAAAACCUAGAAGCUUUCUGCAAGGAGAAUCUGGGUGAGGAAGAGGGUGGGUUCAAGUGGCUGUCCCUGUCCGACCCGAAUCCGAGCAAAAGAUAUCACCGCAUUGGAUGGGUUAUGCUUCAUCCCUCUUCGGAAAGCGCGCCGCCGAUGGAUCGGGCAAAUCCCAAGGACGAGGAUGGUGAUGAGGCGAUAAAGACGCCGCCGCCUCCUGUCUCUGCUGCGGAGAAGGCCCUCGAGGCUAUCAACGGCAAGACGGUCAAAGACGAGGUCAGGGGUGACUUUGUCUGCCACGUUGGAGUCCACAACCCACCGCAUCAUCCGCGGAAGAAGGCCCUCUGGGACUUGUUCUCCGCUCCGGAGCGGAUUGAAAAGGAUCUCCGUCUUGUCCAGCGCCUGGUCAACAAACUUGAAGAAGAGUAUGGCUCUGACUUCCAGGCCAUCCCGAAAAUUGAAGAAAAGGUUGAGGACCUGAAGAACGCCGGCCGGCUACAGCCCGCCAUCCCCCCCACACCAACGAAGAAGGUCAACAAGACUCGGGAACCUGGUAUGGACGAGGCGAUGGACGAGGAUGGAGAAGAAGAGGAGGAGGAAGAGGGCGCUGUGGAAGACGAGGAAGUCGACGAUGAGGAUCUGCUGGUGAAGAAGAAGCAGCUUGACUUGCUGAUCGAGUAUCUGCGCAGGGUCUUCCACUUCUGUUUCUUCUGCGUGUUCGAGAGCGACUCUGUGCACGAGCUCACCCGCAAGUGCGCAGGAGGACAUCUGCGCCGUCCCCAGAGCACUCUCUCGUCUUCUGCCAGGGCCGUUGCCAGGGCCAGCGCAAAUGGAGAGCCUUUCCCAGACAAGAAGCGAAACGAAGCCGAGAAUGACGUGGACGGUGAGGUUGCCGAAGGAGAAAAGAAGUUCCGCAACACAUCUUCCAAGUCUGAGCAACAGCUUCUGCGCGCCUACAAUUGGGUGAAGACGUUUGAGGACAAGCUGAUGCAGAUCCUGGAGCCCGAGUCGAUCGACAUCCGCAAGCUUGGCGGUAAGCCUGUUGAUGAAGCCAUUGACGAGGAAUUGACCAAGUAUGUCAAGCAGGAGGACGAGCAUAAAUGGAGAUGCAAGGUUCCAGAAUGCACCAAGCUCUUCAAGGAAGACCACUUUUGGAAGAAGCACGUGGAGAAGAGGCAUACGGAGUGGCUGGAGGGCUUGAAGCAAGAGUUCGAGCUCAUCAACGCCUACGUGUCAGACCCAGCACACAUUGCCCCCUCGCGCACUGAUGCAAACUCCAACGGCCACUUCCCGCCUACCAACGGCCAGUCGGCAUCCGGUACCCCUCGCGGCUUCAACCUGCAGAACUUCUCCAUGAAUGGCGUCAUGGGCAUGCCGGGAUUCCCCAUGAACCCCGGCAGCUUCCCCUCGCUGUUCGCCGGCAUGCAAGCCAAUGGCUGGAACUCCAUGGGCGAUGACCGCGCAGGAGGGCCGAUCCGCCGUGGUGGGAUGUCUGGCGGGCGAGGCGGGUACCGUUCCGGCCCCUACGAACGCCGUGGAGGCGGACGCUGGGACGGAGGCGGCGGCCGUAACCGCAACGGCGGAUCCCGAUGGGGAGACGGAGCCGGCGCUGCUGCUGCCGGCCCCCGAGAAGCUGUGCAGGGCCGCAGCUUGAAGAGCUACGAAGACCUUGAUCAGGUGUCUGGAAAUGGAGGCGGAGGGGGCGAGCUCAACUACUAG